AUGAACUGCUACUCUCAACUCACUGUAUACUUGGAGCUCGCGGUCUCGCUCUUCAUUUGCUCAGCAACCGUUCUCCUACUUUUCAACUUGGUCUUCGGUUCAGACCAGGAAGAAGGCUCCGAUCAGUCCACGGACUACGUAGAGCCUAUAGACAACGCGCCUGCCACUCAUGACCUACCUACCAUCCCGGAGCCGCUCCCCGCAUACCCGCCACCACCUGAUUUCCCUUUCAAGAACUUCCGCGCCACCGGAGAAUCCUUUGGGUGCCACGACUUCAGCCAACCAUUGUACCCAAUGGACAUUCCACGUACCACCUACCCGCGUCGUGACAGCUUUCAUACCGAGGCCAAAGAGCCUACUGAUGCUGUCGCCUGUCUGCCUACACAAGACGACAAGACCUCCAACAAGGAGACGUCGUCUAGCUCAAAAGACAGUCAGACCACUAUCAAGGCCAGUAAAGUGUCUUUUGUGGACGUUGUAGUCGCCAAGCCUGCCCAUAAGGCUGUCGAGCAACCUCCUCAACUCGCCCACACUCCUACACACGCACUUGUCACCCCCGCCAUCACCACCCCUUUGAACGCGGAGAUCAUCCAGGCUCCUCUUGCUCCAGCUCCCCGCCCUGAGAUCAUCCAGGUCGGACUCUCGGCUGUAGAGUCAUCUGCCCAAGAUAUGCAGAUUGGCAUGCUGGAGCUUGUCGCCGCCCAAGAGUUCAAGAUGAUGGCAGCCCUGGAUUUUCUUUUCGUCGCCUUCAACACAAACGGCGCAUACCGAGAACCCGCCCUUCACUUCCUAAGCAUGAUGGAAGAGGCAAAGACGAACCUGCUCCCUUUCUUUCCCAACGGUCUGACCGGUCUGAACACAGACCGGCUGAUCUGGACGAAAUCGCUCCUCGCCUUUUGGGAGGCGCUUCGACCUUAUGGAUACGAGUUCCAAGUCUCCCCCGAAGAGGAUGUCCGGAUGUUUCUCAUCCGAUACCACGAUCUCGCGUCCUGGAUGGGGCUUGGCCACCUCCUCCACCCCUUCAUCGUCAACGUACCUCCAACCCCGGAGUCCAUUCAAGCUCCUCCUCCACCUCCUCCUGCUAUCACCAUACAGCAUCUCACUCCACCUGGAUCCUUCCAGGCCCCAUCAUUCUCAGCACCAGCGGUACCCCACCCCGCCCCGGAGCCCAUCCAAGCUCCUCUUCCACUCCCUUUCUCUUUCCAGGGUCUCCCUCCACCGACACAAGCGGUGCUCAAGCCCGCUACCCAAGCCCGCCCCAGUAGCCUUCGCUCCCUCUGCCCCCGUAUCCUUCAAGGACCUUUCAUUCUCAUCAAAGCCGGUACCCAAGCCUGCACCGACAGCCUUCGCUCCCAUGGCCCCCGUAUCCUUCGCGGGUCUCUCAUUCUCAUCAAAGCCGGUACCCAAACCCACAUCGAAACCCUCCGCGCCCCCUCAAGCGCCCCCCAUCCCACAGCCACAAGCCGCGCAACACCUCCCGGCCUCCUCAACUUCGACGCCUUCGACUGGCUCAACCAGUCGGAUGAUGCCCUCAAUGCACUCACAGCGGAGUCGUUCCAGUGGUCCGACACUCAGCAAGCCGCAUACAAGAUAUGGUCGUACAGCACAGUAGGCCAACUCCGUCUCCCUCCCAUCGACUCCUCCUUCAUCAACCACAACCUGGUGAAAGCCGCGCUCAACAACAUAGCCCCCAUGUUCAAGCGCGCGAGUGUUGUCCUCCACAUACAGAGGACCAUCGUUUCCCCUCAUGAAGACAUUCUGUCCAUGGUGCCGCUGCUGGGCGAAGUGCAAGCUUUGCUGGAGGCGGCGGAGAAGAUGACCAACGAUUGUGAGGAAUUGGUUGUUUAUGACCAGAAUGACCCGUGGUACCAUGCCUGCAUGUACUUUCGCAGCUCGAUCAUCACGAGCAAAGUCAUCAAUAGGUUGAGGGAUUACAGGUCAGACAUGCGUACGGAUGUCAAAGAGCUCUGGGGCAGGAUGAAGGCGGAAUGGGUGGGUGAUACCAGCGGUAAUUAG